UGCAGAUAACCCCUGCAAGAUGUCAUCACGUUGUCAGCACUGUGGGUGUGGGGAGAUCGACAUCGACCCAGCUCGGGGAGAUGCUGUGUGUACCUCUUGCGGUACCGUUCUGUCGGAACAUAACAUUGUCAGUGAAGUUCAAUUUCUGGAAAAUUCUCAUGGUGGAAGUUCAGCUGUUGGCCAGUUUGUGGCCUCAGAUGCAGGGGGUAAGAGGCCUAUGUUCAGGGGCUAUAAUGGAACGUUUGCCAGAGAAAGUAAGGAAAUUACGCUCAAUAACGCACGAAAAAGAAUUAAUGCCCUGGCCCAGCAGCUACGCCUCAGCCAACACAGUAUUGAAACAUCAUUUAAUUUUUUCAAGUUAGGUCUGAGUAAAGGGCUUAUGCGUGGUAGGAAAAAUAACCAUGUGAUUGGUGCUUGUGUGUACAUCACUUGCCGGACAGAACAGACUCCGCACAUGUUAAUUGAUGUGAGUGAUGCCCUCCAGAUUGAUGUAUAUGAGUUGGGACGGACAUACCUCCGGCUGUCGACAGCUCUGUGCAUAAACAUUCCAGCCAUGGAUCCGUGCUUGUAUAUUUGGAGAUUUGCUCACAAGUUGUCCUUUGGUGACAAGACACAUGAGGUCUCGGAAACGGCCUUACGCUUGGUCAAAAGGAUGAAGAGGGAUUGGAUGCAUACUGGCAGGAGACCCUCUGGUGUGUGUGGUGCAGCCUUAGUCAUCUCUGCCAGGUUGCAUGGCUACAACCGCACUAUCACUGACGUCAUCAAAGUGGUCAAGGUGCAUGAAUCAACCUUGCGUAAGCGUUUAACGGAGUUUGGAGAGACGCCCUCCAGUGCCCUGACCCCAGAGGAGUUCAUGACAAUGGAUCUGGAUGAGGAGCAGGACCCACCCGCUUUCAGGGCUGCCAGGAAACGGGAGAAGGAACGUGUACAGAAGCUCCUUGACGAGCAGGAGGACCUGGACAGUGAGUUGACUGUGCUACAGCAGGAGAUCGAGAAACACCUGGAGGAACGGAAACGGAAGCUAAGAGGAAUAUGGGCAAAAUAUGACAGGGAGGAAGAAACGACUGAGGAGGAGAGUGUAGAGCAGGAGAGCGCUGACACGCAAAAAUUCAUCACUGAAGCAACCUUACAGACCAUAGAUGAAUGCUUAGGUGAGAAUGGGGAUGAAGUCAUGAAACCAGAAUUAAAAGUGCAGGGCAUAGGGCCCUCUGCUGCCAGUUUGGGUCUGAAGGAAACGAUAGAGGAAUGCAUGGAGAUUCGCCCAAAUGACCCAGAGCCAGAGGACCGUGGAGUGCUGGACCUCUCAGGCAUUGAUGAAGAUGAAAUUGACUCGUACAUCAUGUCUGACCGAGAGAUCAAGCUGAAAACAGAACUGUGGAUGAAGAUCAACAAGGACUACCUGGAAGAAUUGAAGCUCAAGGAGGAGAGGGAGAAGAAGGAGGCAGAGGAGAGAGAGAAGGAAGGCAAACCCCCGAAGAAGAAGAAGAACUACACCAAGAAGUCAAAGAGCAAUGCUCCAGCCAAUACCGCAGGGGAGGCCAUUGAAAAGAUGCUCAUGGAGAAGAAAUUGUCCAACAAGAUCAACUAUGAUGUCCUGCGGAGCCUGAAGGGUGAGGACACAGGAGAGGGGGAACAGGACAUCAAGGAGGAGAAGCCCAACCCCAAAACUCUCAAUACCGUGCCUGUUGAGACGCCUGAAGGCAUUUCGUCUGUGCUCCACUCACUGACAGGGAAGAGACCCAGAAACACCAUCAAGGAAGAGGGAGACAAGUCGCCUAAGAAGAUAAAAGGAGUGGCAGUCGAUGCAGCCAACACCUCUCUGGACCCCAAGGUGGAAGAUGCUGAAGAAGAGGAAGAAGAAGAAGAGGAAGAUUGUGAAGAAGAAGAAGCAGAGGAUGAUGAGGAGGAUGAGGGAAGCCUAUCCACAGCCCAGCUCCUCAGGAGACGGAGAGGGGAGGACAACUCCUUUGAUGACUACUAUGAUGACUACUAUGAUUAACAGAAAGAGUUUGCUGGA